AUGCACGUCAAGACCACCUGUAUCAUCGCAGCUUUGCUGCCAAUCUCCCUUGCUGCCCCUUCAAUUUACAGCAAAAGUCUCGCUACUACCAAGCCCCACGAGUAUUCGAAUAUAAUCUUACACCAUAGAGGAGUACCAUUAUUUAAUAUCGAAAAAUCCGAGUCUAAGUGUAUGGGUUGUCUGCCCAAGUACAGAGUCCGUCCUGACCCGGGGACGUCUGCUACAUUCUGGAACGGGGUCGAAGACGGGCAGGCUGCCAGAGCUAGAUUUUUCAAGAAAGCUGGCGAUAAAUGCAAGGCAGGGUUUCAAAAAGCGGCGGAUUGCACAGGACUGGGGAGAAAAGCAGGAACGGCAAAAGAAGCGGGAGCAGGAGAAAAAGCACGAGCUGAAACAGUGGGCAGCAACGAGGGAAAGGAGUAA